AUGCCGCAGCUGGACUCUGGCGGGGGCGGCGCGGGCGGCGGCGACGACCUCGGCGCGCCCGACGAGCUGCUGGCCUUCCAAGACGAAGGCGAGGAGCAGGACAAGAGCCGCGACAGCGCCGCGGGCCCCGAGCGCGACCUGGCCGAGCUCAAGUCGUCGCUGGUCAAUGAGUCCGAGGGCGCGGCGGGCGGCGCGGGGGUCCCGGGGGCCGGCGCCGGGGCCCGCGGCGAGGCCGAGGCUCUCGGGCGGGAACACACUUCGCAGAGACUUUUCCCCGACAAACUUCCAGAAUCUCUGGAGGACGGCCUGAAGGCCCCGGAGUGCGCCAGCAGCAUGUACAAAGACACCGUCUACUCCGCCUUCAAUCUGCUCAUGCACUACCCGCCCCCCUCGGGAGCAGGGCAGCACCCCCAGCCGCAGCCCCCACUGCACAACAAGGCCAGUCAGCCUGCCCAUGGCGUCACCCAACUCUCUCCUCUCUAUGAACAUUUCAGCAGCCCACACCCCACACCUGCACCGGCCGAAAUCAACCAGAAGCAAGUUCACAGGCCUCUGCAGACCUCUGACAUCUCUGGCUUCUACUCUCUGACCUCAGGCAGCAUGGGACAGCUCCCCCACACUGUGAGCUGGCCCAGCCCUCCUCUCUAUCCCCUGUCCCCUUCCUGCGGAUAUAGACAGCACUUCCCUGCCCCCACUGCAGCCCCUGGCGCCCCCUAUCCCAGGUUCACCCACCCAUCCCUGAUGCUAGGUUCCAGCGUACCUGGUCACCCAGCAGCCAUUCCCCACCCGGCCAUUGUGCCCCCCUCAGGGAAGCAGGAACUACAGCCUUAUGAUCGAAGCCUGAAGACGCAGGCAGAAUCCAAGGCAGAGAAGGAGGCCAAGAAACCAACCAUCAAGAAGCCACUCAAUGCUUUCAUGCUGUACAUGAAGGAGAUGAGAGCCAAGGUUAUUGCAGAAUGCACACUCAAGGAGAGUGCUGCCAUCAACCAGAUCCUGGGCCGCAGGUGGCACGCACUGUCACGGGAAGAACAGGCCAAGUAUUACGAGCUGGCCCGCAAGGAGAGGCAGCUGCACAUGCAGCUAUACCCAGGCUGGUCAGCGCGGGACAAUUACGGGAAGAAGAAGAGGCGGUCCAGAGAAAAGCACCAAGAAUCCAACACAGGAGGAAAAAGAAAUGCAUUCGGUACUUACCCGGAGAAGGCCGCUGCCCCAGCCCCUUUCCUUCCGAUGACAGUACUCUAGGCUGCUCCGGGUCCCCAGUCCCCCAGGACUCACCCUCAUACCUCCUGCUGCCUCACUUCCCUACUGCAC